AUUUGGCCAGUCUAUACAACGCCUUGUCUGAAUACACACAGCCAGACAUCUGCAAUUAGUUAUAUUUCAGGUGUUAAUUAAUAAUAAAAAUGGCUUUUUCGUCGCAGAUGCCAGAUAGAAACUUUCUUUGGAGUGUUUUUCAAAGGGUGGAUAGAGAUCGAAGUGGUUUCAUAAAUGCUGAUGAACUUGGUUGUGCCCUGUCCAAUGGUUCAUGGAGUCCUUUCAACCCAGAAACAGUCCGUCUUAUGAUUGGUAUGUUCGAUAGACAAAACAAAGGACAAGUGAGUUUUGAGGAUUUUGGUGCACUUUGGAAAUAUGUAACAGACUGGCAAAACUGUUUUCGCACUUUUGAUAGGGACAAUUCUGGAAAUAUUGAUAAGAAUGAACUAAAACAUGCUCUGACCACUUUUGGUUACAGACUUUCUGAUGGUCUCGUUGACACAAUGUUAAGGAAGUUUGAUAGGCAUGGAAAUGGAACCAUAUUAUUUGAUGAUUUUAUCCAAUGUUGCAUCAUCUUAUAUACAUUAACAUCUGCAUUUAGACAACAUGAUACAGACUCGGAUGGUGUUAUCACAAUACACUAUGAACAAUUUCUCAAUAUGGUAUUUAGCUUGAAAAUAUAAGUGCUAUGAUUGAUGGAAAAAAAUUGCUUCAACGUUUCUACUUCUAACAUUUGUGUCAAAUUUAAUAUUGAUAAAUCUGUACAUAUAUCUAUAACCAUAGAUAUAUAUUU